AUGCAGUACCUCGCGAGCAUGUUUGGCGGCGUGAAGGUCGAGGACAGCGCGGAGAGCUCCCCGGCGGCGGGACCCUCGAACGCUGGUGUCACGCGGCUCUUCCGUUUCGCCAAGGGACAGUGGAAGCUGGAGGAGGAAAACCCCGAAGUGUCCUUCUACAACGAAUGCGAGGAGCAAGACCUCGAGGGUUUCGACCACUUCGUCGACAUCGGGAAGGAGAUCCGGCAGCGCAUCAUCCCUGACAUGGACAUGCAGUUCAACACCCCCGACCUGGAGUGCACCUUCCGCGCGGAGGGGCAGGGGGUGUAUUGUCUGAGGUUUGCGGCGCGCGAGCAGUACGAUCGGUUCGCGAACGAGUUCGAGAACCGCAUGUUUGAGAACCAGAACAACACGGAGUUCACGCAAGAGGCACUGGUCGCCGCGUUCGGGGGCGAGAAGAACGCGGGCCUCGCGCUCGCGUGGGGGCGCGCCGAGGACCCCGCGGACAUGGCGAUGGACAUCGACGGAGACCCGGAGGAAGAGGAGAGCGCGAAGGCCAGCCACCGCCUGGACAAGGAGCCCGCGGACGGCACGUACUCGCUGAUGGAGGUGGGCGCGGGGGAGCGCUCGUACGCGGUGCGCGGGGGCGUGGUCGACGUGUUCAAGAACCACCACGGCGGCGUCGAGGCGGCGGACGUGGCCAUCAACCUCACGCCCGUCCGCGCGGGGCAGCGCGGCGGCGGCGUGGUGGCGACGCCGGAGUUCCACACGCCGUCGCGCGCCAUGCUCGUGCAGAACGAGCAGGGCAUGCUCAUGCUCACGCCGGGCGCCGCGGACCGCCCCUCGGCGAUGAAGCUCGACCUCGAGCGCGAGACCGUUGUCGGCCGUUACGGCUUCCAACAGAACGGCGUGUCGCUGGGAAUCAAGGAGAUCCAGCACGAGCACAAGGCGGCGGGGCUGGAGGGCACGCCGACGUUCCUCGCGCUGAACGCGAACGGCAAGCAGAUCUCGCGGUUCGACAUGCGCGCGGGCAACACGCCCGUGCAGGACGUGGCGGGCGCGGACGGGUUCAUGGGGUGGACGGGCGGGACGUCGUACAAGAGCAACAUGAAGUUCAACGCGGUGGCGACGACGGGCGCGGGCGAGCUGGUGACGGGGUCGGACGACGGGAUGAUCCGGCUGUAUCGCUCGAAGGACUCGAUGUCGCGCGCGGUGACGGCCUACCCCGGGUACGGGCACCCGAUCACGGCGAUCGACGUGACGCACGACGGGAAGAUGAUCGUGGCCACGUGCGACUCGUACCUCAUCCUGGUGUUCACGGCGUUCCGGGACGCGUCCGGCGCGGUGCUGAAGGCCUUCACUAAGAGCUUGAACAGCAAGGGCGCGGAGACGUUCGCUCCGCGGAUGCUCAAGCUGAAGCCUCAGGACGCGGAGCGGCUGGGGCCCGGCGAGGUGUUCCGCAACGCGAAGUUCAACUGGGUGACGGAGAGCGGCGUGAAGGAGCGAUGGAUCAUUGCGCAUGUGGGGAAGAAGUCCGUGAUGUGGUCGGUGGCGCGGGCGGCGAGCACGAAGGGCCGCAGGGGCGGCGGCGCGAUCCUGGUGACGGACUACUUCAUCGACGAGAAGGCCGAGGACGUGCGGGACGCCCGGCUGAUGCACGACAACCACCGCAACGUCAACGGCGACGACGCGGCCGUGGUCCUGACCGACCACUUCAUCUGGACCUGCGACGACGACGACGAGUGA